ACCUCUCCUCCCUCAUCCUCUCCCUCUCCCUCUUCCACCGCCGCGUCCUGCUUCUCCACGACUCCUCCAUGUCCUUCGUCAGCGCCGCCGCUUCCCCUAAAACAGAGUCCUUCGUCUUCCACGCCUCUUCCGCCAUCAGCAAUCUCUUCUUCCACGGCAAAGCCGAGCUCUGCCGCGCAAAGUUCGGUUCUUGCUUCAGCGAGGAGUUUGUUGAAUGGGUCCGGAGGCAGGGGAGGUUCCCAGAAGUCGUAAAGGGCAGGCUUUUCAAUUCUUGCCGGAGCAUCGAAGGCGAGUUUCUGAGCCGACUUUCGAAAGAACCGGCGUUCAAUGGGGACAGGAUAUUUGCCGUCGGGCCGCUUAAUCCGAUUGCGGCGGAUAGGCGGGAGAGGGAAGAUGAGUGUUUGGAGUGGCUUGACCGGCAGCCAGCGGCGUCGGUGGUGUACGUCUCGUUCGGCACAACCACGUCCAUGUCGAGGCGGCAGGAGAGGGAGAUUGCGGCGGGGCUUGAGGAAAGCGGGCAGAGGUUUAUUUGGGUUCGCCGGGAGGCGGAUCGCUGCGAUGUGUUUGAGGCUCGGGAGGAAGGAGAAGAGGACAUGGAUUUGGCUGAGUGGGAAGAAAGGAUGAAGAAGAAGGGCAUGGUAAUCAGAGGCUGGGCCCCGCAGCUGGAGAUCCUCGCCCAUCCCUCAACCGCCGGCUUCCUGAGCCACUGCGGCUGGAACUCAUGCAUGGAGGCGAUGAGCAACGGCGUGCCGAUCCUCGCGUGGCCGAUGCACUCCGACCAGCCGGCGAACACCGUUCUGGUUACAGAGAUCCUGGGGACGGGAUUGGUCGUGAGAGAGUGGUCGGAGAGCAACGAGGUGGUGGCGGCGGCGGUGGUGAAGGCGGCGGUGGUGAGGUUGAUGGCCGGAGAUGAAGGCCGGGAGAUAAGGAAGAAGGCGAGAGAGGUGGGGGAGGAGCUUCGUGCUGCAGUAGGGGUUGGCGGAAGUUCCCGCCGGGAGUUCGAUUCGUUCGUGGCGUAUAUUUGUCGGCCGUCAGAUAUAUGAUGUAAUGUGAUUGUCCGAUGCUUAUU